CAUUUGAGCGUGUGAAGCUCAACACACUUCCUGUGGAUAUAUCCUACUGCUAAGCUAGAAGUCCGAAAGUUGCUAAAAUAACACGCACACUGAAACACAGCGUUUUCCAUUUCCGUUCACGGCAUGAUCUUCGAGAACCAUCCCCAAAAUUUACACCCCAAAAUGCGAAAACCCAAACCCUGAACUCACUGUUUUUUUCCCCUUUAUAGUACUACUGUCUUGAUCUCUUAUAUAUAUAUUUUCUCUCAUGGCGGAGGAGGUCAUCUCUGGUAGCGGAUCUUCGGGAAGAGAAGGAGAGAUCAAUAUAAGAGUAGGAUUAACCUCGAGGGAUUCGUUAGAUUCUCGGUGGGUGUUCCCAGGCGAAGACGACUCUGAGAUCGAAGACAAUGGCGACGGCGACGAUGAUUUACCGCAUCGAGCUGCGGUGGACUCCGAAGGCGAGGAUAAUCAGGAACACCGUUUGAUCCGCACUGAACCACGCGUGGAUUCCUUUGACGUCGAAGCACUCGAAGUCCAUGGCGCACAUAGAAGUGACUACGAGGAUUUAGGUAUAGCAAGGAGAAUAAUACAUGCCUUUCAGACCCUCGGAGUUGUAUUUGGUGAUGUGGGAACAAGUCCAUUAUAUACAUUCAGUGUGAUGUUUAGCAAGGCACCUAUCAAGGGAGACGAAGAUGUUAUUGGAGCACUAUCACUAGUUCUAUACACCUUACUCUUGGUCCCCCUUGUGAAAUAUGUCCUUAUCGUACUUUGGGCAAACGAUGACGGUGAAGGUGGUACUUUUGCAUUGUACUCGUUGAUUUGCCGGCAUGCUAAUGUCAGUCUUCUCCCAAAUCAGCUCCCAUCAGACACCCGGAUAUCUAACUUCAUACUAAAAUUGCCAUCUCCUGAACUUGAGAGAUCACUUAAAAUAAAGGAGAGACUAGAGGCUUCAUUGACUCUGAAGAAACUCCUUCUGAUGUUAGUGCUUGCUGGCACUUCUAUGGUGAUAGCUGAUGGGGUUGUUACCCCAGCAAUGUCAGUAAUGUCUGCUGUUGGUGGUCUGAAGGUUGGAGUUGCUGCAAUUGAACAAGAUGAAGUGGUGAUGAUAUCAGUUACCUUUCUUGUAAUUUUGUUCAGUGUACAGAAGUUUGGAACAAGUCAAGUAGGACUUGCUGUAGGCCCUGCUUUGUUCAUAUGGUUUUGUUCUUUAGCAGGCAUUGGAAUUUACAAUCUUAUUAAGUAUGAUGCAAGUGUCUUGAGGGCAUUUAAUCCCGUUCACAUCUAUUUGUACUUCAAGAGAAACUCAGUUAACGCCUGGUAUGCGCUGGGAGGUUGUCUGUUAUGUGCAACAGGGUCUGAAGCAAUGUUUGCAGAUCUUUGCUACUUUUCUGUACGAUCAAUUCAGCUUACAUUUGUGUUUCUCGUAUUGCCUUGCCUGUUGCUGGGUUAUUUGGGUCAAGCAGCAUACCUUACAGGAAAUCUUAAUGGUGCCGAGAAGCAUCCUUUCUUUCUUUCAAUUCCUAGUGGCAUCUUCUGGCCGGUCUUACUGAUAGCUAAUAUUGCUGCCUUGAUUGCUAGCCGAGCAAUGACAACAGCCACAUUUUCGUGCAUAAAGCAGUCAUCUAAUCUUGGUUGUUUCCCUCGUCUUAAAAUCAUUCACACAUCUAAAAGGCUCAUGGGCCAGAUCUAUAUUCCUGUCAUAAACUGGUUUUUGCUGGUAGGUUGCCUGGUCUUAGUUUGCUCUAUGUCAAGCAUUAACGAGAUUGGAAAUGCAUAUGGUAUAGCUGAGCUGGGAGUCAUGAUGAUGACCACUAUUUUAGUCACGAUUGUCAUGCUUCUCAUAUGGCGGCUAAACAUCAUAAUCGUGCUGAGUUUUGUGGUUUUCUUCCUGGGUUUGGAAUUGACUUUUUUCUCGUCAGUUUUAUGGAGUGUGACAGAUGGAAGUUGGGUAAUAUUGGUUUUUGCUGUCAUAAUGUUUGUCAUUAUGUACAUUUGGAAUUAUGGUAGCAAGCUUAAGUAUGAAACUGAAGUGGAGCGAAAACUGCCAAUGGAUUUGAUGCGAGAAAUAGGCUGCAAUCUUGGAACAAUCAGAGCUCCUGGCAUUGGCUUGCUUUACAAUGAGCUGGCGAAAGGAGUACCAGCUAUAUUCGGUCAUUUUAUAACCACACUCCCUGCUAUACACUCCAUGGUCGUCUUUGUCUGCAUAAAAUAUGUCCCUGUUCCUGUGGUCCCUCAGAAUGAAAGAUUCUUUUUCAGGCGAGUCUGCCCCAAAAGUUACCAUCUGUUUCGGUGUAUUGCUAGGUAUGGUUACAAGGAUGUCCGUAAGGAAAAUCACCAGGCAUUUGAGCAGCUGCUGAUCGAGAGUCUUGAGAAGCUCAUUCGUCGGGAAGCUCAGCAAAGGCAAUUGGAAAGUGAUGGUGAUGAAGAUGCAGAUUCCGAGGAGGAUACAUCUUUCUCAAGAGUUCUCAUAGAUCCUAACGGAAGUGUUUACUCACUUGGUGUUCCUCUGCUGGCUGAGUUUAGGGGCUCCAGCAAUUCCAUUUCAGAAGCAAGCAUUUCUGAGGAGCUAAACCCCAACUCCCCUGCAAGUCCAUCGAUAUCUGAUGCCGAGCAUAGUCUAGAAAGGGAGCUAUCUUUUAUACGACAGGCUAAGGAAUCUGGGGUAGUUUAUCUUCUCGGACAUGGAGACAUUAGGGCUAGAAAAGAUUCUUGGUUUAUAAAGAAACUGGUUAUAAAUUACUUCUAUGCUUUCUUGAGAAAGAACUGCAGGAGGGGUAUUGCAAAUUUGAGCGUGCCGCAUUCACAUCUUAUUCAGGUGGGCAUGACUUACAUGGUUUAAGAACCGAUGUGUACUGAAAUCAGGGAGGAGUGGUUAAGAAAGGCCGGCGCUCAAAUAGCAUGCUACAAGAGAUGCAAAUUCACCAUUGUGUUGAGCAAAGCUGGGCGCUUGAAUCAGCAAAUUUUAGUAUCAUGUAUCCAUUCUGAUGUUUAUUUGUGUUCUUCCACGCACUUAUUACUAUUCCAUACGAGUUUAAUUAAAUAUUGUAUUUACACACAAUUCAUAGGUGGGAUUUACACGUGUGAAUGGUUAUGAUCAAUGUAUUGUAAAAAAUUGAAUGGACUCUAGUUGUAAUUAA